AUGGUGGAAAAAGUGGAUAUUAAAAAUCGGUCUGGAAAAAUGUCGGCAGCGCCGACACCCCAGAAUACUCCUUCAAGUGCAAACAACACUACAUUUGGAGUAAAGGAACCUCAAUUUAAAACGAUUGACGAAGGUGAUGAAGAUUUAGAAGCUAUUGAUGGUAGAUUGGAUUCUUUGCGCAACCUUACUUCGCAAAGAAUUUCAGAAUUGCCAACCUCUGUUCAAAAACGAAUUUCAAGUUUAAAAGGUUUACAAAAGCAAUACUCUUCACUGGAACUUCAAUUUCAACGAGAGCUCUUUGAAUUGGAAAAGACAUUUGCUAAAAAGUAUGGACCUCUCUUCGAAAGACGACGUGAACUCGUUCACGGCGAAAAGGAGCCUUCUGAGGAAGAAAUCAAGAAGGGAAUUCCUGAAGGCGAGGAAGUGUCCAAGGCCUUAGAAGGGAAGAAUCAAAAGGAUCAGCAAAUGAAAGGAAUUCCUGAAUUUUGGUUGACUGCAAUGAAAAAUGUUUUAUCUCUUUCUGAAAUGAUUACACCUGAAGACGAGAAGGCGUUAAGACACCUUAUUGAUGUCCGUCUUGUUUACAUGGAAAAGCCUGGUUUCCAGUUACAAUUUGAGUUUGAGGAAAAUCCAUUUUUUUCUAAUAAAGUAUUGACGAAGAGUUAUUACUACUUGGAAGAAACUGGUGCCUCUAAUGUGUUUAUGUAUGGCAGUGCCAAGGGAGACGAAAUUCAAUGGCGUCCCAAUGCAGACCUGACCAUUCGCACUGUAGUGAAGAAGCAACGUAACAAAAACACCAAGCAAACUCGUACCGUCAAGGUUUCCGAACCUCGGGAUAGUUUUUUUAACUUCUUUAGCCCUCCUCAAAUGGAAGACGAGGAAGAAGAAAAUCCAGGAUUGGAUGAACUUUUGGAGCUUGAUUAUCAAAUUGGUGAGGAUUUUAAAGAGAAACUCAUUCCUCGCGCAGUCGAUUGGUUUACUGGUGAAGCCUUGGAGGAUUAUGAUGAGUUUGGUGAUCUUGAUGUUGAAGAUGACGACGAGGAUGCUGAAUCAUCUUCUAACGAAAACUUUUCCGAUUCUGAGGAUGAUAGCUCGGAGAACGAGGACGAAGAUCGAACUGCUCACUCUAAGCAAAACCCCGCUGAGUGCCGUCAGCAAUAA